AUGUCCUCGGGGGAAACACUACAUCAAGCAUUAAACAGAUCACCAUCGUUUGUUACACAUCAUCAACUUUCCACCUUUCCACUAUUUACCCAAAUAACUCAACAACAACAACAACAACAACAACAACAACAACAACANNNNCAACAACAACAACAUCAACAACAACAACAUCAACAACAACAACAACAUUAUCUUUAUCAUCAUCAUCACUAUCAUCCAUUUCAACAGCAAUAUCAUCAAUCAUCAUUGACCAUUACCGCCAUCAAUAACUACAACAAUAGCAUCAACAACCAUAACAAUAAUAAUAACAGCAAUACAUCACCGCAACAACGUAUCAAACUAAAACGACAACGACAACGUGUUGACGCCGGUGAACCACGUAAUCCUUACCAGGCAACACGCACACCGAUGCUUCAACAACAACAACAGCAACAACAACAACAACAACAGCAACAACAACAACAACAACAGCAGCAGCAACGAUAUGCGAAUGAUUUUCAAUUAAGCAGUGUUAUUAAGAAUAAUAAUAACAGUACUGCAUAUACAGCAACAACUCAAAAUAAUAAUAUUACUGCUACCUUAAGUAGUAUAUUUCCCUGGAUAACAACUACGAUAACAUCAAUGACAACUGCAACAACAACUACUACCACUACCACAACAACAACUUCUACUACUGCAAUGCAACAAAAAUUUGAAUCGUCAUUUAAUAUCAUGGAACAAAUUAGUGAUACGAAUAAUUCCAUUCAAGAUCUUAGUCGACAACGAAGUAUUAACAGUGAUGAACAUCAGGAAUUUAUAGCAUCAGCUAGCAUAUCAUCAUCGAUAACACAUAUGAGUGCUGAUGUUAAGGCUGGCGAUUGCAAGGAUGAAAUAUUAACAACUAUAAUUAAUCCGACUAAUGAUGAUGAUGAAAUAGCUACAAUGACCAUUGAUGACCAAUCAUAUGACCAGAAUGCCGAUGACGACAAAGCUGAUGAUGACGACACAGCAUUAUAUUUAAAAGAAGAACAUAGCACGAGUGAGACAAGUCCUACGCCAAGUGCAUCAUUUACCGGUGGUGUUAAUAGUGGUAGCAGCUCAUCAAGGCGGAAAAGUGCUGCACCGCAACGACAACCAAUUGAUAUCGAUGAUGAAUGUAAUCCUCAAAUUGAACAAAACGAAGAUAUGUUGGAAGAUGACAAGAUUGCAAAUAAAACAGAUAUCGAGAAAUCUGCCGAAAUAAAAAUGGCUAAUGAAACACCAAAAAAUGUUUUAGCUGCAAGCUUAGCUGCCAAUAUUAACCCACAAAACAGGAUACAAGAAAUGAUUGAUAUACAAAAACGAAUUUAUUCAAAUUGGAUUGAACAACAAAAGAAAUUAUUGAGCGCAAAUGAUGAAGAGCAAAAACGAGCACAAAUUCAACUUAUACAACAGCAAAUUCAACGAGAUUAUGCUAAAUUAGCACAAUCAUUAAAGCAAGAACUUAUCAAUGGGUUAAAUAGUAGCGUUGAUAAGAUCAUAGCUGAAUUCAUUGCUGCGGAAGCAGCUAUUAGUGCGCAACGUACGACUGCCGCACUUGUGGAACAGCAACGUGAGCAAGCAGCAGCCAUUGUUAUUAAUCGAAAUCCAUUUCUUUUUCAUCCUCUCUAUCAUUCUCAAUCUGCUCCGUUUCCAAAUCCCUUUAUACAAAAUAGCCUACCAUUACCGCCACCGUCACACCAUCCACCCGGUAUUUUUCCAGCUGCUUCCGCACCUCGUACAACCUUCAAUCCAUUUGUACCACACUUAAAAGCAGCAUCACCAGCUACCGCAGCGUUUCGCAAAAUGGAUGACCUAAAUUCAUUUGCACCGCGAAAGAAACGAUCCAAAGUAACGGAUUCGUCACGAAUAAAUAAAAUUCAACCAAUAGCUUCUGCUAAUCGUGAAGUAUCCUCACUUCCCAAUAGUGCCCGAUCCUCACCACAGUUAUCAUCAUAUUUUCCACCAACAAUGGUUGGUCAUCCCUUAUACAGUAGUGGUACAUUUGGUGCUGAUGAACGGGACAGUCCGAUCAAUUCGGAUGAUGCAAGCGAUUGUGGGCCUUAUGAUGGAAGUAUCGGUGGAAAUUCAACUUUAACACCAAUGCAUUUGCGUAAGGCAAAAUUGAUGUUUUUUUAUACGCGUUAUCCGAAUUCGGCUUUAUUGAAGUCUUAUUUUCCGGAUAUUCGUUUUAACAAAAAUAACACUGCACAAUUGGUGAAAUGGUUCUCGAAUUUCCGGUUCGUUGCAAAUGUUAUUCAUCAUUAA